AUGGAAAAGGUGGCGGCGGCAAUGCGGCAAAUUGAGGCGCUGCGCUGCGCCCUCAUGGGGAAGGAGGUGGACGCCAAUCCCACGGCGACAUCCGCGGAGGGGGGAGCGGCCGCCUCCGCAGCCGCGGGUGGCGGGGACCAGCAGCAGCAGCAGCAGGGGCGGAAUCUCAAUGUGCUGUCGGAGAGCGAGGAUGAAAAGCUGCCGGCGAGGCCACCGGCGCGCCAGCUGCAGCACCCAGAGUUGCUCUCGCUGCUGCUCUGCGACGGCGUGGCGUUGCCUGAGAUGAAUGCGGGGGAGUCGACCAUCCUUGUGCUCACCCUCACCUGUACUCGGACGGCGGAGUGGAUCCCGCCCGCACAGAGCGGCACCAUCACCUUUCUCCUCUGCGAGACCAAAGACAAGGAGGCCAAUCGCGUCAUUCCGGUCGACAUCACACUUGUGCCCACGGAGGGCGAGGGCGAGGGCGACGGGGACGGGGACGGGGACGGGGACGCCGCUGCUCGACCCACGGUGGCGGCGACCGUAUUGCCGGUUCCAUCCCUGCCAGCAGUGGAAGGAAGUCCCGCGGGAAGGUCGCUCCCGAUUUCGUGCAGGGACGCCGUCCUCUUGCCAUCGGCUGCGGAGUUGACGAAUGCGUCGUUCCCCCCGCACCUGCCCCCGGCGGCCCCAGCGCCGUCGUUCAUCGCCAUUGAACCCGGUGAGGGGGUCAUGGCCGCCACGUUUAUGCGCUGCCCCGUGGCGUUUGUGAUGCACUCCGUUGCCUACGAGGCGUGCAAGUUCACCAUGCUGAUACGGGCAACGGAUGGGACGUCGUUUGUUGUGCUGGACCCGCUCCGUUGCUGCGGCAACAGCCUCCACAGCGGCAUGUUGCAUGCGGCAACCACCACGUCGGGUGGUGGGGCCGGCGGGAAUAAUAAUAAUAACAGUAGUAAUAGUAGUGGUGGUAGUGGUAGUGUGGCGAAUGUGAAUAAUGCCGCUGCCGGAGGCGGCGGAGCAGCGGCAGCAGCGGCGUCGUCGGCGUCCACUGCGUUGAUGCCCGCAAAGACGCUGGAUGCGCACUUCAAGUUUGUCCCACGCAACGGGACGGUGCGUGCGUCGGAGCCGUUUUGCAUCACGGUGGAGUGCACCCCGAUGAGCGUCGUCCCGCAGCGCUACUUCAUCCCCGUCAAGAACCUGCGGCACCCCUCCGAUGUCAAGUACCUGGCGGUGGAGCUGAGCCCCACCGUGGAGGAGGAUCUUCUGCAGGUGUCGCCGAAGGAGAUUAGGCUGCGGGAUAUCGUGGUGCCGUGCGAGGAGAGCCGUCUUGAGGUGCAGUCGUUUGUUGUGCGCACGCGCCUCACGAUGCCGCAUGUGCUGCUUAUUCGCUCCAACCGUCCACUGCUUGUGUCGCUCUUUGAGGACGCGAAGUGCACCAUCCCCCUCGUGAGCCCCGUGCAGCGGGUGUUUUCGCACGAGAAGCUCCGCAUUUACGUCCGCUUCCGGCCGAGUGAACGUACGUGGCGGCACAAAAGUCGUCUGGUGACGGCCGGCAUUCUUAUCGAGGCGCUGGCGGCGGGCAUGGGCAACGAGGCACACGGUGGCUACAGUGUUCUGGCGCAGACGAGCGUGCGCCUUUCGGCGCACGUGGGCAGCGGCGAGGUGGUGCUGCAGGAGUCUUUCAUUGACCUCGGUGCUGUUCUGCCACGCUGCCGCCUCGCACAGACGAGCUUCACCGUGCGGAACCCGUCGGACCGCUUCGAGGUGCGGCUGCGGGUGACGGCGAGCCUGACGGUCACGCACGUGGAGACGCCGGAGCUGAAGCUCCCGCCCAGGGGCGAGGUGGAGGUGCCCGUCUCCCUGCAGCUUGCCGCCCCCGGGCUUCUGCGGGAGUCACUGGUGGUGUUUAACCUGAGUUGUCGGCAGAAGCCGCUGCAAGUGGAGGUGUCCAUACUUCGCCUAGACGAGGCGAUCUCCGCCGUAGUAGUGGCGGAGGAUGAUGCACCGCCGCUGCCGCAGGAGCAGCAGCACGCGGUUGGCUUGCCGGCGAGUGCCGCCGCCGCCGGGCCGCUGACCCGGCGGCAGAGCAGCAGCGAGGAGGUGGUGGUUGUGCUGCCGACGGCGGCGGUGGUGAUCGGCGAGGACGGCGGGCUGCAGCUGCACAGCCCUGUGAAGACCGCCGCGUUGCACAUGACAAACCACAGCACGCGCGACCUCAUCCUUGUGGCGAAGGGCCCUGCGCCGCUCGUGCUUGGCCUGCCACGGCCCGCCUCCCCGGUGGAGGAGACGGCGGCGGCGGCCGCCCCGUCGACGCUUUCCUCCCCCGUCUACCCACGCGGCCGCGUGCGCCUGGACGCGCGGCACACUGAGGCCGUUGCGUGGACCCUCACCUCCCUGCCGCAGCUGACGGAGCAGCAGGCGCGGCGGCUGCUGCGGCACGAGGUGGUCACAGUGGUGGAGACGACGCAGGUGUACGUGGCGCAGAUCAUCGACGAGGGGGCGGGAUUCAACUACACCGCCAUGCUGUUUCCCAUGAAGCGCUCCCUGCCGGCCGUGGGGCAGUGCGUGCUGCUGCCGCGGUUUGUUCUCACCUUUGCCGUGAGCGAGGGACGGGUGGAGACCCCGCUGAUUGAGCUCGGCGUGGUGGGCGUGGGCGGAAAGAGCGGCGCCGGCGGCGGCACCCCGGUUGUGGUGCGCCUGACAAACCUCUCGCCGGUCCUGCCGCUGCGCCUCAGCAUCGAGUGCGAGCCAACCGUGCGCUUUGCCAGCAACCGCGUCGUCGUGCCGCCGCUGCAGACCGCCUCGGUGGAGGCAGCCCUCCUGGUCAGCCUCAUCCGGACGCAGGGGCCCUUUUGCUUCGCCGUCUACUUUGUGAACGAGCUCAACCCUGAGAACGACAUGGUGGUGUACGUGACGGGGCAGUACUACUGGAAGCUGUUCGACCUCUCCUGCGACGGCGUGAUGAAUAGCGCGCAGGAGUCCCUCUCCAUGGAGGCGCUGCGGGUGACGGAGACCACCAUCACCGCCGCCACGGACAUUCUCUCCGAGAGUAAGCUUGUCAUGACCGCGAUGGAGCCGAACGUUGAGGUGGGCGUGGACGUGGCGGAUAACCCCAAACUGGCGGGCCUCAUUCAGCUGCAGGUGCUGCAGUACGAUGCCGCGGCCGCACUGCAGAGUAUCGCCUUUGGACAAGCGAAGCACGGCACGGCCAACAAGGCUGCCCCCGCCCCCAUCACUGCCGCAGCUACCAACAGCAUGAACGCCGCGACCAGCAGCGGCGGCGUGGGUGGGGGCCCUGGCGCGGUGAGUGCGGCCGACGCCGCGGGGAUCUCCACUGUGUCCCUUUCUGCCGCCAUCGCAGCUGGUGCUGCUGGUGUGGGCGGCAACGCGAGCAACGGCACCGGGGGUGCGAAUUCGAGCGGCAACGCGAUGGGGACGCCGUUGGCCACCGCCGCCUCGAUGCCGUCCCCUGCGGCGGCUGCGCUGCCUGCCCUGACGAAGCCCGAGGACCUUCUGAAGGGGGCGCCUCCCCGGCCGAGGGAGCAGCAGUCCUUUCGCCUGCGGUGUCUGCUGAUGAGGGGGGACUUCGCCGCCCUCUCUGCCGCCUUCUACGGGCAGCGCAAGCUGAAGCGGGCGGACGUCCUUCGGGAGCGACAGGCCAUGACGUUUGAGGGCCUCGCGGAGCUGGAGCGGCGGCGGGGCGCCGAGUCUCCCUCCUUCUGGCUGGGCACCCUCCACUUCACCAACUCCCUCACCUCCGCGGAUGAGGAGGUGCAGGUGUUCAGCACACUGCGCGCGUUUCAGACCUUCGCCGUCCCCCCGCGCCUCACGCUGACCCCGCAGACCGCAGCGGCGGCCGCGGCGGCGGCAGGAGCGUCACCCGGCGCAGGAAAAGAGGGCGGGAGUGGAACGGGCGGGCCGCACUACGCGGCAGAGACGGUGUACGCGGGCGAGUUAGUUGUCUCCAAUCCGUGCGCGCAGCACACGGUGGCGCUCUCCAUCACGCCCCUGCUGGACCGGGCGUACCAGGACGGUGUGGCAGUGUCCUGCACCCAGCUCAGCGAGCCGUCGCCGGAGAGCGAAGGAUUGACAAUGCCGAGUGCGUGGCGCGGUGAUCCAGACGCGGUAGGGGAGCAGCAGCAUCAGCAGCUCAUCGCCAGAAAUGCGACCGGCCCUACGGGCGCCUUUUCACCCUCGCCGCUGCUCUCUACUACGAGCGUGCCGGCAGCGGGUGCUUUGCCGUCCCCGCUCCUCACGGCAGAGGCGUCAGGUGCGGGCGCGACGACGACCACCACCACGACGCUUGUGGCGCUCCCGCCGCAGCGUGUGCAACGGGUACGGGUCAUGCUACGCGUGGACGCGAGCCGGCAUCAACCAAACGUGGAGCAGGCCGUGGCGCUGGCCCUCUUUGAUGAGAGCGUCCCGUGUAGUGCGGCGGUGGUGCGCAUUGCCCUUGCCCCGCUGGAUGAGAGGGAGCAACAGCUGCAAAAGCAGCAGCAGCUUUUUUUGCAAACCACCGGGGCGCGUGUGGACUCAAGGGCCGCCGCGGCUGCGGCUGGUGGUGGCCGUGAAGGCCCGCUGGAGGAGGUUGUGGACGCGAUGGAUAGGUCCACGGCAACCGUCACAAGCCUGCGAAAUGCGUCGCCAAACGCGGCGGCCGCCACGCCUGGGGCGGGUGGCAUUCACGUCGCUGGCGGCCUGGCGGCGGCGUCGGGGCUCACCCAUGGGAUGCCCUCCUCCUCCCCCUCCUCCUCCCCCGCCGCCGCCGCCGCCGCCGCGGGGCCGCCUGCGGAGGCAGCCGCAUCGCCGCGUGUGCUGAGUCUGCAUGGCGGCUGCCAGGCCGUGGCGGGGUGCCACGGGACGUACACCUGCCGCUUCACCUACGCCAAGGACUCGCCCCCGACGACGGACAUUGCGAUCCGCAACAACCUCGCGGAGGCGGUGGUGGAGUACAGCGUGGCGAUCUGGUCGCAGGGGCCGCAGCCGUGGCUGCUGCUGCCCAGCGCCACGGCGGUGCUGGAGCCCGGCGAGACGCAGCCACUGCGCCUGAACAUUCUCUCCACCGAGGCGGGCUCCUUCGGGGGGUACGUGAGCAUCACCACCCCCGCCGCCCCGGGGGAGCUGCUGCUGCUGCAGCUCACCGCCGAGGUCUUUCUCCCCACGGCGGGCGAGGGGCUAUUUGAGAUUGUGGCCUCCAACGGGCAGAGGAUGGCGACAAACGCCGAGCGCAGCGUUUUUAUUGGCCGCCUCUUUGGCGCCAACACGCAUCGCACGUACGUGGCGCUGGAGAUUGUGAACCGCUCCAGCAUUCCCCUCGAGUUCCCCGUGGCCGUCGUGAAUCCAUUCCGCAUGGAGUUCAAUAACAUGCCGGAGGACGGGGAAGACCUCAGCCUCGCCGCCGCCACCAACAACGCUGCUGCUGCUGAGGAGGAGGAGGAGGAAGCGGAGGCGGAGGCCGCUUCGGCUGCUUCUAGCCGUGGCGGUGCGGCGACCGCGAGUUCCAACCGCGGCAGCGCGCACGGCGGCGGCGGACGAGCCACGGCGGAGGGGGACGACGGCAAACCGCAAGACGGCGCUGUCGCCCGCCCGGAGUGUGAGGUGCGCCUGCUGGUUUCGCACCUCCACAACGUCGCCGAGAUGCGGGGGCAGCGGCGCUUCGUCGUGGACCCCAAGUCCCGCGUGAAGGUGUCCUUCCUCCUCGUCUGCGACCGACUCUCGCUGCCCAGCGGGGUGGCUGUCGCCGGGGAGGCGGAGGUGGUGCUGAAGUGCAAGCAGGCCCGCGACGCCCGGUUUGUUGUCAAGGCCCGCUUUGAGGUCCUCCGGCCGUCGAUGCACUCGCCGCGGCGGCUCUUCUUUGCGGCCGCGGAAGACUACGUUCUGAGCAUCCCCGUGCGAAACCUGCGCUCGCGCGAGCUCCGCGUCACGUUCCGCACGACGUCCCCCAUCCUUGACGUGCUCCCCGGCGAGGACCGCGAGGGCGGCGGGGACGCGGAGGAGCGGGAUGCGCGGGAGCGGGGAGAGUCGGGCGGGCGGCCGCAGCAGCAGCAGCAGGGGGAGGAGACGGCGGCGGCGACGGAGGAGAACUUCACUAACCUGCGCGUCAUCCCCGGCGGCGGCGCCGCGACGGUGCGGGUGCGGCUGAACGUCGCCCGUGUGACCGCCAUGUUGUCGUGGCGGACGUCCGGCGACGCGGCGGCGGUGCUCCCGGCGCUGAGCGAGCAAGUCCUGCUGCUCAACGUCCGCGACCCCAGCGAGCGGGUGCGGGUGGAGUUGUGCUACGCGCCGUCCAACGCCCCGCCGGCGCUGGCGUCCGCCGCCGCCGCGGCGAGGCCGAUGACCAGUUCCCUCAAUGCCGGCCGCCGCCAGAUCUGCGAGCAGAGGCUCUUUCACUUCGCCCACGCCUUCUGGCGGGUGCUGCUGGAGGCGGCGGAGGUGUUCCUGCCGGAGUUCGCGUGCUACGCGGCCCAGAAGGGCCUCGACGCGGCCACCGCCGUCCACGCGGGAGGCGGCGGCGGCGGCGGCGGCGGCGGCGGCAGUGGGAGCAGCGCGGGCCGCCCCACGGCGGGGGCGCUCGCGUCCUUCUCGCCAGCGCUGCACUCUCUGCUGGUGGACCUCGCCUGGUUCGUGGAGGAGCUCGUGCACUACUCCAUCCUGCUGAGCAACUCGCGCGCGAUUGAGGCGUACGGCGUCUUCCUCACGGCGGUGGUGACGGGCCACCCGCUGAUGCGGGCGUGGCGGCAGCACAAGGCGAACCUGCCAAACACGCGCAACUUCGCCGUCUUUGGGCAGUACUGGGAGACCAUCGACGCUCUGCCGUGUCCGACGCCCUCCCCCGACUGA